ACCUUAUUGGACUCCUCUUAGAAAUCCAUCCAUUCUCACCUUAAAUUUCCUCUAAAUAAACAGCAUCAAGCGAAAACAUGACACUACCUAUACACCACUAAGUAGUGUCAAAACUACAAUGAUUAUAACCAAUACCGACAAACAUAAAAAUUAUAUGUUACACAAUCAAUAUGUCCUUAAAUAGAAAGUCUUACCACUUAAUUUAUGUGCUUAGCUUCUAUUACUACCACCAUUUCUUCUCUUCACUAAACCUUCAUUAAUAUUGUUAAUCACUAUGCAUCAAGCUCUAAGUAAGCUGUUAUUAGUAGUUGAUUUAGGGGUGUCCUCCAUUUUAAGGGCACCCAUGUUAGUUCCCUCAAGUUUAGUGGCAAUAUUAGUAGGAAGUGUGUUAGUAAUUUACUAUUUGUAUGCACCAUAUUGGAAGGUUAGAAGGGUGCCUGGUCCUCCACCUUACCCUUUGGUAGGUCAUCUUCCUUUGAUGGCUAAGUAUGGUCCAGACGUUUUCACCGCCUUAGCUAAGCUUUAUGGCCCUAUUUACAGAUUUCAUUUGGGGAGACAACCACUAGUAAUAAUAGCAGAUGCAGAGUUAUGCAGAGAAGUUGGAAUAAGGAAGUUCAAAUAUAUUCCUAACAGAAGCAUUCCUUCCCCUAUUUCUGCUUCACCCCUUCACCAAAAGGGUCUAUUCUUCACCAGGGAUACAAGGUGGUCAACAAUGAGGAACACAAUAAUCUCAAUGUACCAACCUUCUCAUCUAGCCAGUUUACUACCAACCAUGCAAUCCUCCAUAGAAUCAGCAACCCAAAACCUCAAUAUCCAUCCUCACAAACAAGGCAACGACAACGACAACGACAACAAAGACGUACUAUUCUCUAAUAUUUCCCUCAGGUUAGCCACUGACAUUAUUGGACAAGCAGCAUUUGGCAUCAACUUUGGCCUCUCUAAGCCAAACUCAACAAAUGAUCAACCUAAAAAUUCUGAAGUCUCGGAUUUCAUCAACCAACAUAUAUAUUCCACAACCACACUCAAAAUGGACCUCUCUGGAUCACUUUCGAUCAUAUUAGGCCUGUUAAUCCCAUUCUUACAGGAGCCAUUUAGGCAGGUUCUUAAGAGGAUACCAGGAACUAUGGACUGGAAAGUCGAAAGGACUAAUCAAAAUUUGAGUAGCCGGCUUAAUGAAAUUGUUAUGAAGCGAGAUAAUGAGGAGAAGAGAGAUUUGAAGGACUUCUUGUCCCUCAUAUUGAGUGUUAGGGACUCUAAGAAAGUUUCAAGAAAUUUGUUCACCUCAGAUUAUAUCAGUGCACUUGCUUAUGAGCACCUCUUAGCCGGGUCAGCAACAACCGCCUUUACAUUGUCUUCUAUUGUGUAUUUAGUAUCUGGACAUCCUGAAGUGGAGAAGAAGUUAAUUCAAGAGAUUGAUGGGUUUGGACUGCGUGAUCAGGUGCCCUCGGCUCAUGAUCUUCAGCAUAAGUUUCCUUAUCUAGAUCAGGUAAUCAAGGAAUCCAUGAGAUUUUACACAGUUUCGCCUUUGAUUGCAAGAGAAACUGCUGCACCAGUUGAGAUAGGAGGUUAUAUGCUCCCAAAGGGGACAUGGGUGUGGUUGGCACCCGGUGUUCUAGCCAAGGAUCCGAAGAAUUUUCCAGAAUCAGAGAAGUUUAGGCCAGAAAGAUUUGAUCAGAAUGGCAAAGAGGAGAAGAAUAGGCAUCCAUAUGCUCACAUACCUUUUGGAAUCGGUCCAAGGGUUUGCAUUGGGCAGAAAUUCGCUAUGCAAGAAAUAAAGCUCUCGAUCAUCCACCUAUACCGCCAUUAUGUAUUUCAACACUCCCCCAAGAUGGAGACACCUUUAGAGCUUGACUAUGGCAUCAUUCUAAACUACAAGCAUGGAGUCAAGCUUCGAGUCAUCAAACGAAAUGUAUAAGCUACAAGAACCAUAUUUGAAGGUUGAUCAUUUGUAAAUCAGAAAUGCAAUUAGUGGCUCAACUGAUACUGGAAAUCAUUACAGAUACAUUUACUGCAAUAAAGAACAGAAUUACUUAAUUUUACAUUACAACA